AUGAAAAAAAAAAACCCCAGGAACUCGCAAGACAUUUUCGUCUUGCGAAGCAAGCCCAUAGCAGAUUCGUUUUGCGAGGCACCUCCAAAACGGAAAACUCUUUCGUCUAGCGAGUUUUCCGUCUUGCGAGGCAUUCGUCUUGCGGGGCACCACUGUAAUGCACAAUCCAGAAAUGCCUGGUGCCCACCAAACAUUUUAGACUAUAACCCCCAUCUACCCCUUUCAGGCACAGCAGUUAUCGUCCAAAACAUAUGGAAGACACCAAGUUGGGAAAGGCUGCAGCAUAAAUUUUGUGCACUCAUGAACGCCAGGGAUCUGAUACCCAAUUUACUAACAAUGCAAUAUCUGUGUAAUACUGCCAACAUUAUGCCUACAGAUAUAAACCCAAGUAUAGAAAACUAUUUUAAAAUGUUUAUGUAG